AUAAGCAUUUUAAAAUUUACGAAAAUAACCAAGAAGAGCUUUAAUUAAAAUGUUGGAGUUCUUCAUCAGAAGUUGGGACAGCUGCUAAAAAUUUUGUGUGUUUUGGUGAGCAAAUUUUACUUUUGUAAACUUUAAACAGCCAUGUUUGCUUUAACUAUUAAAAAGUUCUUCUUUUUUUUAUUUAUUACAUAUAAAAAAAACUUUUUGAUAUUUCGUUCCCAACUCUCAUUUUGCAGUAAGCAUUUGAUAUCCAACAUGCAUCCUCAGGCUAUGCAAAAGAACUUUUAAAAGAUUUUAGUUCGUAAACUUCUUAUUUGUAAACUGUAUUAUUUAGAAAAUGACCUUUUAUUUGCCUUUUUUUUUCUUUUUUGUACUUAUUUUUGUUAAAUUUGUGCAAUGUGAACAUGACAUCAAUAACGAAUGGCGAUGGAGUACGUUUGAAUGCGACAAGGUCUUGGGGAAUCAUAACCCGAUUUCGAGCUAAUAAAUAAUUUAUGCAAAACGAUGGCCCUCUAAUUGAGUUAAAUAGAAAUAUAUAAAAAAAAUGAAUCCUGCUCAAAAGUUAUUUCGUUAGUAUGGUUACGCAACCCGAGGUGUAAAUGUGUAUAGAAUAUGAUUGACUCUUGCGAUGAUGAUAUUUUGCGUAUCGAGACCAAACGUUACAUAUUUGUUGUCAAGGCUACAACAGAAGAAGAUAUCCUAAAAUAUUGACAGAUUGAAGACAUAGUUGUAGGUGUUAUGGAUCUUCCACACUUCUCUUGAGUUAGCGGAAAAUAUUUUGUCAUAAAAAGGUAUACAUCCUGUACAGCUGAUUAGUUGCGUAAAAUGUUUUCCCCUCCUCCCCCCCCAUAAAUAAAUAAAUAAAUAAAUAAAACGGGGAAACGACCCCUCUAGCCAACAGCAAGCAUACUGUGUAAAAAAUACAGACAUGUGAAACAAAAGGCGAUAAUGGUGUUAAGUACUGAUAGAAGUGGGAGGAUUGAUAGACCAGUUAGAGUAUGGCAUGUACUCCAUGUGUAACACUUUGCAGCAUAAGUACUGCAAGUGGAACUCCUACACCUAAGAGACCGUGGGAAAAGGUAAAUUGUUGUCCGCGAACAAUGUUGAAUAAACUUACCAUUAUGCCACGGCAUUUAAUACGCUGUAUAAAACUUAAAAAAUAGAAACUAUCGCACUUGCGCAAAUCGUUGCUUGUUUUUACCAUUUGAUGAAUGUGUGAAUGAAUUGUGACUAAGUCGUUCGGAGGAAUAAGAAAAGUCGUUUACCCGUUCGAUAAAAGGUCGAUAAAAUAUAUCGUAUCGCAUUUGUUAUUUGUAGCUUUAAGAUUUCGUGUGUGGUUAACACGACCUGGUCUAGACCGACAGACAAAAUACGGGAAUUAUUAAUAUAGAGAUUGUAAGGACAUUUUGGAUCAACAGUGAAGUUGUGUGCGAACAAAAGUUUGUUUAGUAUAGAGAAUUAAUUGUUCAAAAUUUUUUAAACAUACAGUUGGAUGGCCUGGCAUGCAAAGCAAUCAAAAAUAUUAGUGCAAAAAUUUACAGGGCUUCUUAUUUUCUCCUAUUUGUUUCAGUGAUUUAAAUUACUAUAAGUCACUUUUCGACAACAUCACAAGUCAAUUAAUAUCCGUUGGAAACGUAAUUACUCACUGUAGGUUGACAAUUAAUUAAAAUGAAUUUCGGAAAGUCAUCAACUCUCCUCAGAAAAUUGACAUCAAAGUACGUUUCUUCAUCCUGUUGUUAUCCUUCAUAUCCAUAUCCUUUGAUGAUCAAUAAAUUUAACCUUAUGAUGAACUUCUUGCACAUGUCGCAAGCCUAUUUUGGAAAACAUACAGCGACUUUUUUAUGAGUCAAUGUAGUUAUGAAAUAUUCCGUCGAAUGAAAAAGAACGUUGCUACACGGAAAGCAAUUAGUUAAAAUGACUAACAUUAACAUAGGAGAUCUUACGAAUGCAGGUUUCCUUUCAAGAUUUCGAGGAAUAUUUCUUAAUAUUCCCAAUGUUAUUAUUUCGAACUGUUGGUGAUACAAUCUAAAAAUUGUUUUGUAUCAGCAAGGGUUCCAGAAUCCUAAUAUAACUUUCUACAAUUUAUCAGAAUGUGUUUCCAAAAUAUGCACAUUUAAAAUGGCGUUCAAAACUAAUGGGGUUACUGAAAAUGUUUGAGAAGGAAUGUAAGAGCGAUUCUGAAAUACACUUUAUUUGAUAAAAAAUUAUGACUAGGAGUUCGAAAUAGAAUCCACCAAGUCUUACAAAAUAUUUAAUGCCCGCCACCAUUGAAAUAUUGCAUUGAUAAAAAAAGCUCUCGUUCUUCGCAACAUUUUUCAACAAACGUGAAUUAUCUAUUGUUCUUUACCGACAACAUUUUGUCUUGUACCUGAUUUCUGGUCAUCUGAUAGCUCAACGUUUGAAACUUGAGCAAUGCCGAUUGAGACAUUAGUUCUCUUUCUUGGUGGAGCUGUAUUUUCUUAAAGCAAAUUUAAGGGAUCACAAAUGUCUAAAUGGAUGAAUGUUGAUAUUCCUGCUCUAGCUGCGACGCCAGUUUGCGUCCCUUGGAGACUAAAAAUUUUAAUUCUAGCAAUUAGGGUGAAUUUUGAAAUCGGCAACUUGUUAGUUUUUGUGACUCCAUGAAAAUCAGUAACAAUAUUAAAAUUAGGACGAAUUAAAAGUCCUUUGUUUUUGUUUAUUUGUAUACUACUCAUAAGGCAGCACAUAUUUUGAUCGAAUAAACAUCUUGGUGUCAGUAUGGCUGUAUUUCUAGUUGUAAUAACGAAGUUAAUUACAUGCAGGCAUUAAUGUUAGAAUGUGCUUACCCGAAAUUAUGACUUUGAGGUCGGAGCCUUUAUGUCAUGUUGGAUCACAUGAUCUUAUUCGUUUUAAACACAGCUAAAUGUCGUGAGAAAUUAACAUGUACUGUUGUAACUCUUUUGGUAGGACAUCCGAAAAAAAAAUUUCUUGAAUUUUCGGGGGAAAUAUUGAGUAAUGAAAGCCCAUUACAAAUCUCUUCGUCGAAUUCAAUUUCACGUACAUUAGUCAAUUUUAAUCAUUUUUAUUGUAUCUCCUACGCUUUUGGUUAUAAUAUAGUUCACCCUAUACGACCAGCCUUUCCAGGAAUCUGAAAAGAGAGGAGAUUUGGGUUUAAUUACUUACUUUUAACUAAAACUUAAGGAAUUUUUAAUCAAGGAAAAUUGUUAAGAUUUUGUUCACUUUUGUUUUCAACACUUAUUAUGUGGUGCGUUGUUUGAAAAGAAUCUUCUUUUUUAAUCAACAAAUAAUCAGCCUGAAACUUCCGCCGUGGUCGAUGGCUAAGGAGAAGAGACAUCAACGUUGCUUGUUUCGAACUAUUGGGUAUCCCAAUUUACUCUCUUCUUAAAGUAUAUCGAGCACUUUCCUUGGCAACCUAGGCCCCAGGAGUUAUGGUGGUACAACCUGUUGGAUCGUUAACAACUUUAUUUAACGCUGAUUUGUUCUAAAUGUUCAUUGAGAACAAUGAGCUUUGCAAAUUUUUUUCAUCCCACAAUCAAUAUUGUAUCAUUAUCUGUCUGUUGCUAAUUUUGAUGCUAAUUCGGUAUUUAGCUACAUCCAUGAUCUGACUUCGGGAAGUCGGGGAUAUCGCAUACGAUCUCACACCGCAUCUAAAGCAUUGCUCAUAUUUCCGUAAAGAGAGUUACUGUAAACUAGUCAAAAAUUUUGUUUUCUCUCAAUUUUUUCUAUUUCUUAUUUGAAGAACUAUUAUUUUUCUUAGCGAAAAGAAGUUUUUGUGUGUCAAACUUUGGAGGAAAGGUCAUACGUAUCUACAAAUGAUUAAUAACAGUUUCGGUAAAAACACCUGAUACGUUAUGUAACGAGAAGAAAAGAUGUACACAGUAUAAGUGGGAUGGUGACACUCGUUACAUUAUCACAUGGUUACUAAUCUCUUCCCAUGUCAGCAAACUAUACAUGACUUCAUUGAACAGAAGAAAGAGUUGAUUGAAAAGUGUGUCAACGGGAAGUAGUUUGGAAUAUAAUGAAAGUGAUGGACAGAGCAUUGUCGUGCAAAACGUAGAUUUUCACUUCACGUUAAAUAGUUUUAAAUAAAAUUCCUGUGUGGUUUGAACCAUCAUUAUACGCAUGUUUUUUUGUAAACUUUACUGACAAAUUUGGAAAUUUAAUGACGCCAAGGUCGAGUUUUGUUUACUCAGGCACAUAAAAAUAACAAUACGGAAUCUUUGACCUUCACGUUGAGGGUGUACAUAUUUUAAUUAAUUAAUUGUCAGCCUACACUAAUUAAUUAACUUUAUAAUGUAAUCUAAUUGAUUUGAAGUCUCGUAUAAAACCUGAGGAAUAAGCUAUUUCACUAUUCUACACUUGAAGUGAAACACUCACAGAAGAAGAAUAUAACUCAAAGAAUGUCUCGCAUAAAUUUUGUUAGUGCAGUUGCUUUCGCGACAUGCAUUCUCCAUGCUAUUAAUGCAGAACGUUACUGCAGUGAUGAUUUAAAAGGAUAUUACCAAUAUGUUACGAACAACAACAAAACUUUCAUUGAAUGUCCAUCAAACACGAGAUGUAGCUGUUACUUUCGACAGAAAUGCGUUGUGCCAGUUGAUUCCAUAUGCUCACAAAACGCGUCACCAUUUCCUUCGACUCUUAGCUUUUCAUUAGUCACCAAAGGCACUGGCAUUGAAACACGAAAUGGGAAGGUGUCAAGAAUUAGACAUGAACAAACAAAUAUUCAUCAAGAUGGACAAACCAAGAUGUUGUCGAAAAAGGAAAUUGGAAAAACGCUACAAUCUGGAAUUUCAACAUCAUUUGAAAUAUUAAGAAUGGAUACCAAUGGAAACUAUACAGAGUACGUUGGUUAUAAUGGACAAUGCUUCAGCUUAUCUCGAUCUUCUUUUAACAGCUUUCUUUAUGAGCUUGCUAAUUUAACACCCAUCUUGACAAAGGAAGAUCCAAAUGGUGACAUUAUGCAGACAUGGUCUGCAACAGAUGCCCCAUUCACACAUACAUGGACAUUGAAAUAUCAUCCUCAAAAUGAUGUAAUAACUCCUGUCUCGGGAUCGAUAGAGUUUAGAAUUCCUGGGCUUUCUUACGUGAAGAAAUACAAUGUUCAUCAGUUUUCCAUCGAAGAUCAAAUGUAUGACCAUUUUGUGGUACCUCAGGCGUGCUAAAAGAAAUUUUAUAUAAAUUAUUUUCAAAAACUAUAUUUAUAAACUAUAAAUAUUUUCGAAUUUAGUUUUAAAUUUGUAAGUUUAAUUAUAUCAACGAUUUUCUUUUGAUCUUUUUGCUUGUAAAAACCACGAAAUAUGCGAAAACUUUAUGAGAGGAACCUUUUAAAGUCUUCUGUUGUAAUAUCCAACACCAUUCUUU